GGUUGUUUGACAGACAAGAUCACAUGAUCCGAGGCUGCCCAUGUAUCGUUAGCCUGUUAGCAGCUAGCCGCGUUAGCACGGAGCCUCAGGGGUUCACCCACCAGGAAACAACAGCGCGACCUGACGUUAGCUCGAGCCACGCCAAGGCGAGGAGCUGUCAAACAUAUGCAUUAAUAAUAUUUUAGUUAUUUCCUGUUUUGUUUCUCGCUGAGUCAGCGGCUGUCUGGUCCAAACUAUAAGCUGGUUGAACGUUACCUGUAUGGCUGCUCACAUCAACAUUAAACAUAUGAGCAUGUGACCAAGGAGCAAGGGCUACAGCACAUGAUCUGGACAAGUGGAGGAGGCCAAAAUCAAUCGGGUUAAGUAUUGCAAAGUGGUUGAUCAGGAUUAAAAAGCCAUGACCACAAAGACAUCCCUGCUUAAAGUCAUCCUACUGGGUGAUGGUGGUGUUGGAAAAAGCUCCAUCAUGAAUCGUUAUGUCACCAACAAGUUUGAUGCACACCUUUUCCACACCAUCGGCGUGGAGUUCCUCAACAAGGAGCUGGAGGUAGAUGGCCACCAAGUUACCCUACAGAUCUGGGACACUGCUGGCCAGGAGCGCUUCCGCAGCCUGAGGACUCCUUUCUAUCGUGGCUCUGACUGCUGCCUGCUCACCUUUAGCGUAGAUGACAACCAGAGUUUCCUCAACUUGGGCAACUGGAAGAAGGAGUUCAUCUACUAUGCAGACGUCAAGGAGCCAGAGAAGUUUCCAUUCGUCGUCUUGGGCAACAAAGUGGACGUGACAGAAAGGCAGGUGUCUUCUGAGGAGGCUCAGCAGUGGUGCCAGGAGAAUGGCGACUAUCCCUAUUAUGAGACCAGUGCAAAGGAUGCCACCAAUGUCGCGGUGGCCUUUGAGGAGGCAGUGCGUAGAGUGUUGGCUCUGGAUGAAAGAACGGACCACCUCAUCCCCACAGACACAGUCAAGCUCCACAGAAAGCCACGCUCUGCUGCCACUUGCUGUUCAUAACACCCAGGAGCUAUGACUAACAUUAAUUUGCUGGUAUGCCUGUUAUGUGAUGAGGCUGUAGGUUUACAAUGCUGUAGAAACAUCUUAUUUAAACAAAUUAUGCUACUGGCUUUAUGAUUUAUUUUACUGUUGGAGGAUGGAUACUACUACCAGUUGGACUUCUGUUGAAAGAAAAAAAGGGGAAACACUAAAUUCAUCCCAGUCUAAUUACAAAUAAACAGGAAGUCACUGAAUCAUUCACUCAGCUCCGCCACAGCUCAAAGGUCGGACUUUGGAGGGGUAGCAGAAAAGAUGCCGCAUUUUGCGUUGGCCCAAGACUGCCUGUGGGGAACUAAAAAUCUGUCUUGAAGGAACAGAAGCAAUAUAUUUGAAUAGUUUCACUUCCCUCUCAAGUGGCUAAAUGUUCCACUCUGUCAUUAAGGAAAUUAUAAUUUGACUCUUAAAAUGUGUUCUACCUUGGGAGUGUGAGCAUAAUAGUGUUUCUGAACCUCACCCCUAAAUGUAGUAAUACAGAGAGAUUGAUGGCCUAUAUAUUUGUUCAGAAAAUAACUGCAUAAUUAAUUUAAACAGCCCAAUAACCUUAUUUCUGAGAAUUAUAAAGUAGCUAAGGCACUACAAUGUGUAACUAACAAAUCGAGGCUUGUCGUGAUUAUUGCACCUUUAGGUCUUUUUGUGCACAUUCUGCUUAGUGAGUAGAUUUUGUGCUGGAAGCACUGAGGGGCACGAUCCCCCACAGAGAAUAAAUAUUAAAGCAAAGUUAACAUGCAUGGCUUAUGGUGUAUUUAAGUUCCUGGAAACUUUUGUAUUUUGUAAACCGUUUUUACCUUAAAAAUCACCAAAUCAAUAUUGCCAUGAGGAAAGUUUAAUGAAAUAGCAGUUAUGAUUGAGUAAACUGUUUUUCCUCAUUGUUGGGUGUAUUGUUUUAAAUAAUGAUCUUUGAAGCACUCUGUUAGCAUUUUUUUAUACUUGCAGUUGAAAUGCCUUCCCCAUAGCUUAAUAUUUAAAACGGUGACAACUAAUUUACCUUUGUUUUUCAUUCUCAUAUUCAAAGCUGUACUACUGGUAUGCCAAAUGUUAAAUAAACCCCCUGAGAAUUGUC